AUGUUUCCUGACUUUCCCCUACGCUCCGUCAUCGCGGUGAUGCUCGCCCUUGUCCCUUUGGCGAGGACAGCACCUCAACCGAUCAUGAAUAGCUCGACCUCGCAACUUAGCUUGACAGCUCAGCUGCGACUUGCAGACACUGCCAUCGAACGUUACAAACUCCUCCCAAAGGGUGAAGACUUUGUCUUCAAUUUCGCCGGAGCCUCGCUUCCGAUUGCCACCAGCCAGAAUUUUCCCGCCCUUGUCGGCACUGGUAUAUCCUUCAGUAUCGCGCAAUUGCCAGCAUGCAGCAUGAGCUUCCUGCACCUCCAUCCUCGUGCAACUGAGCUCUUCGCUAUUACGUCGGGGCGUGGCCACCAACGAGUCAUCCGUGCAGAGCUCGGCCCUGGCAUAGUGACGAUCUUUCCGGCUGGGUCGUUUCACACGCAAGUGAACCCAGACUGUGAGCCAGCCAAUUUCACCGCAGCCUUUACCUCGGAUGAGUUUGCCGUGGGUCUUGUCGCUGCACAGACAUUUUCACUGAGUGAUGAUGUAAUUGCUGCCACAUUUGGGCAGACUAUCGCUGGUGAGGACAUUGAGAAGGUCCGGCAAGCUAUUCCUGUGACCAUGGCCAUCAAGGUUGAGGAAUGUUUGACCAAUGAUUUUGGGGCCGACUGGCACAAAAUCUUCCUCCGCAUCCCACAGCUCCUGGAGAGUCAAGCCUCUGCAGAAGAAUACCACGAGCACCCGCAGGAGCCGCUGCGAGAAGACACCGAGUCUACAGUGAGGAUGAGUAUGACUACACCGUACCACUGGGCUCUUGCAGUUGGGAGGAUUCAUAUCGUGGAUAGGAAGAUGCUGGCCACCGAAGGCUGGAAGGCUGGCAAGGUUCGUAUUGUCUUCUACGAUGAGUUCGGCCGGGUGGUGCGUUCGUACCGUGCGGAGGUGGAUGAGGCUGCGGACAUAACAGGUGUAUAUGACUACAUCCUAAAUGAGCAUCCAUGCUGGGUCCAUGGAAAGAUAGGCAAGGACUACAUGGUAGGAGCACCCUUGGGGCCACCAUAUCAGCAGGACGACUGUGAUGAAACUGACAGUGAAGGGAGUACAGAUGAUAAUGAAUAA